AUGAGCUUGAACACGAUUAUUUUGGGUACUUUGAUUGCUCUUGUAGCGGUCGCGAUGCUGUCGCGAGUUUUCUCAACAAUCAGCAAUGUGCCAGUACUGGCCAAGGACGAGUUCCGGGAAUUCCCAUUAAUUGCCAAAACAGUGCUCACCCACAACACAGCGGUGUACAGAUUUGCACUUCCAAAACACACAGAUGUUUUAGGGUUGCCCAUUGGGCAGCACAUUUCAAUUCAGGGAUUUUUGAAAGAUGGUAAGGAGAUCAUGAGAUCCUACACUCCAACCUCGCUGGAUUCCGACUCUGUGGGGUUUUUCGAGCUUUUGAUUAAGUCUUACGAGCAAGGUAACGUUUCGAAAAUGAUUGGAGAGCUCGAAAUCGGCGACAAGAUCAAAGUUCGUGGACCAAAAGGUUUCUACACUUACACCCCUAACAUGAAUUCCGAGAUCGGUAUGAUUGCAGGUGGUACGGGAAUUGCCCCAAUGUACCAGGUUGUCAAAUCUAUCCAUGCCGAUCCAAAGGAUCACACUAAGGUCUUUAUCGUGUAUGGCAGUCAGACAGAAGAUGACAUUUUGCUGAAAAAAGAGCUUGAUGCCAUCGUAGAGUCGAAACCAGACCAGUUCAAAAUCUAUUACCUCCUGGACAAGCCAACCAGGGACACCUGGACCGGCGGUGUCGGCUACGUUACUGCUGACGUCAUGAAACAGUACCUGCCUGCGCCUGGAGACGGCGUUCAAAUCUUGGUUUGUGGUCCACCAGGGAUGGUUUCGGCCGUUAAGAGGACCGCUGUCGGCUUGGGCUUCGAAAAGGCCAAGCCUGUUUCAAAGAUGGGUGACCAGGUUUUUGUCUUUUAG